UCUCUCUGUUUGUCUAGUCAAAGUCCUGUAUUACGAUCUGACUACAAAUGGACCCAGCAGACUCGGAUUUCCCAAUGGAGGAGCUAAAUCAAGUGGAGUACACCUUCAGCAGGCUCAACUCGGAGCUAGUGAAGUCCACUGACUUGGAGCGCCGGCAUGCCAUUUGUUCUUUGAUGGAAAGGACUAUUUCCUCAAGGCCUUGGCUACAGAAGGUUCCAGGAAUGGCUACCCUGGCUGACCAGCUCUCAGGUCUGGGUAAGAGCCUUCAGUCCCUCCUUGUUCCCUCCUGUAAACCAGUUUUUGAGGCAGCUAGUCUCCCGCCUGACCCUGCCCCUCCAGCCCAUUGCCAGGGGCUUAGGGUGGGUGUGCUGUGCCUUCAGCCGGCUGCUUCAGGUCCAGAACCCCAGCCUGAGGAGUUCCAGUUCCCCCCAGAACUCCUCCAGGUCCCUCGGGCUCCCUCCAGGAGGAUCCGUGCCAAGCGUUGGCCAACCUGGUCAUCCGACACCAUGCCUCCUGUGCCCGGUCCAGAGGCGCCCUCUCCUGUGCCCGCAGCCCACUCGCCCGACGCCACGCCUGCAGCCUAGUCUUCCGACAUCGGAGUUACCAUCCUAGUCACCAUUCCAGUCACCGUCCCUGUUACUGUCCCUGUCACCAUCCCAGUCACUGUUCCUGUCACUGUCUUUGUUCCUGUCCCUUCCCCAGUCCAGUCUUGUUUUGCCUGUUCCCCAUGUGCUUUGUGUUACCUGCAGGUCAUCUGUCUUUGUCUCCACCCCAUCUCCUUAUUUGGUCUGUGCUUCCUGUCUUGUUUG